CGAGUGGUCGACUUGGUCAGGCUGGUCGGUCUCCUUGAACUGGGAGGAGAGGUCGAGAAGCGCGAAUGCUGCGGACAAGCCCUGGCGGACGGGCCGGUCGGAGGGUGAUAUGAUGGGCGACGGCGUGGUGGGCGGCGUGGAGAGAGGAGUGCUUGACGCAGAUGGACAAUGGAGGGAUGAGAGGGGCGAGUGGUCGAUGGCGGAGGGAGGGUGGGGCGGCCCGUGCUUUAUGGAAUGGGGCUGCACCGCUCGGUGUGGGAGUCACUUUCUCGCUCUCUCUCACUCUCCAGCGGUCAAUUCAGCUUCCAGACGGGACGAAGCGUGCUGUGCGUGCUGUACUCUACUCUUUCUGAUGUGCGUGUGCUAGAUGCACAAAGCGCGAGGUCGCAUGAGCAACAGCAAAACGAUCUUAUUAUGC